ACCAAUUAAAUGUUGGGUCACAACGGUCAAUUUAAACGAAGCGUUUUUUUGCGUGAAACGAAAAACGCUUCCGCUGGCUGUCAUCUAGGCAGCAUAAAAAACCAUAAACAUAACCAAAACAAGAACAGCUGAAGCCAAAAUCUGAAACCACGAAAAAGGACUCUAAAUCCUUCUACAACAACUGCGCUGGAAGCAAUCAACCAACUUACGGUCAACUGUUGAACAGGCAUUUGCGACCACGAUCCGGGUAUCUCGAAACGAAACCAUCAGAAACGGCUUAGCUACCAAAUGAACCGGUGAGAUUACAGCUAAUCGCUCCACUUCACUUCAAAAGUUCCGGCAAAUAGUUGAAGGAAAGAAAAAUCCACAAAAACUUACUGAACGAUGAGCACAAUUCCGGCCGAUGCUCCAGCCCACUGCCCUGGGACGGAGAGCAACGAUGCGGGUAAGGCGUCCGCCUGUGCCGGCUGUCCCAAUCAGCAGAUCUGUUCGACCGGUCCGAAAGGACCGGAUCCGGCGAUAGCGCUAGUCCGCGAGAAGCUAACGGACGUUCGGAACAAGCUGCUCGUCCUGUCGGGCAAAGGAGGCGUAGGGAAGAGCACGGUAACGGCCCUCCUGUCCCGCGCCAUGGCUCACCGGACACCGGAGGAGAACUUUGGUGUACUCGAUAUCGACAUCUGUGGACCGUCGCAACCGCGUGUCCUCGGAGUGCUCGGUGAACAGGUGCACCAGUCCGGAUCCGGCUGGUCACCCGUCUACAUCGAGGACAACCUGAGCCUGAUGUCGAUCGGUUUCCUGCUCGGCAGCCCGGACGAUGCCAUCAUCUGGCGCGGACCGAAAAAGAACGGUAUGAUCCGCCAGUUCCUUACCGAGGUUGACUGGGGCCAGCUGGAUUACCUGUUGCUCGACACACCGCCCGGUACAUCGGACGAGCAUCUAUCGGCCACCACCUUCCUCCGGGGGACCACCGGACGAUGGGGUGCCGUCCUUGUGACCACACCGCAAGAGGUCGCACUGCUGGACGUAAGGAAGGAGAUUUCGUUUUGCAAAAAACUCGCCAUUCCGAUCGUUGGCGUCAUCGAGAACAUGUCCGGUUUCGUUUGCCCAAAGUGUACGGUUCAGUCGGCGAUAUUUCCUGCCCGGACGGGACCGAACGGUGGACCGGGGGGAGCGGAAGCGAUGUGCGUAGAGAUGGAGGUACCGUACCUGGGUCAGUUACCGCUCGACCCACGGCUUACCAAGUGCUGUGAUGAAGGCAAGGAUUUCAUCACCGAGUUCCCGGAAAGCCCGGCCGUAACGGCACUCGAGCCGAUCGUGACGAAGGUGCGCACGUUUUUCGACCAAGCGCCCGAAAAUAAGAGCGAAUAAAGCGCGCCAGGGGUGCCAGGGAGGACACAACCAUCAUUCUGUA